CCAGAGUGUUGUAUUCUCUCUAUCGUCUCAACUCUACCCUACAUCACUGUGUGCUAUGUUUGUCAUCGAACUCUACGUGUGGCGCGGUCUCCAGCGCCCUGCACACUUGCAUUGCGACCACCAUGACCUCAACCAAGCUCCCGUUCAUCGCCCUGCAGACCCGGACAUGGAGGCAUAUAUUAGACCUGCCUUCAGUCAAGCCAGAGCCCAUCGAUCCAGACACCUGCAAGAGGUGUACAAGCACUCCAAAGAGCCUAUCGACAUUUCCAAUCUUCGCAAUGAACCCCUUUGCUGCUGGUGGUUGGGGAACUGGCUCUGGAAUAGCACCCUCCAUCUUCGGUGCCCUCCCCAGCGUGGCGAUUUCGAAUGCAAAGACGACGCAGCCCGACAGCGUGCUGUACAAGUUUACCAACUGCAACACCACCAUAUUAAACUGUAACAUCGCUGGACCACAAGGCCGCGUCGUGUACCGCGUCGUGACCGACUCCGGAGCUCCGUCGUCCACGAUGUGGAAAGACAACGACAACCGCAAUGUGGCCAUGGUCAACUGGCAGCCCAACGCCAACGUGGAGAUACGUGGGAUUGCCUCCAGACAGCGAGCACGCGACUGGCUUCAUCUCUCCGCUGACAAGAGCAAGCGUGUCAUGACUAUCGCCGGGGUUCAGUACGCAUGGUCCCCUAUCGAAGGCUUCAUAUGUCUUUAUAAGCUCCAGUCGACCGCCCCGAGAGUCCUGGCCAGGAUUGGGAGAGCCCAGGACGUCACUCUCGAGAUGACUCAAGAAGCCAUGCAGCUGGGCCUGCUAGAAGCGUGCCUUGUCGCUACAGUGCUCUUGACCUGUGGCCACAAUGUCGACUAAUGAGCCACAUAAUCAUCCCGAGCUCAAUAGCACAGCUCAGUAGUAGUGCAACGCACCUAUGUAGCAAUCAUAUUCCUUUUCGUUUUCCAACCUACUGUAGUAUAGCCGUUCAUGCACAUGCAUUGUACGAGCUAGCGGGCAAGAGGGUCACUCUUUAUUUAUUUAAUGUAUGUUGUUCACCACUGUUGCAAUCUGGCGUCGCAUUUUCCCAUGACAGGCCCAACCAUAAAUAAUAGGGAAGACAGUACCUCGGUAUUGAAUAUUGGGAAGCCAAUGCCAUCUUGUGAUCAUGAAGACAGUUCGUUCGGAUGAAGAGAACGCGCGCAGCUAACCGCGCGCAGCUAACCCUGCGCAGCGCAGAGUGGAGUCAGUGAGGCUGAUCUAUGGAGACCACAGUCACUCCGGGAUCCCAAAGAUUUC